AGCUAAGAAAAGCCUCCAGUGUGUGCUGAGGAGUUGUAUACAUUUUCAUCAUGGAGAAGGUGCUGAUCAUAGGGACAGGUUUUGUUGGUUCUUCCCUGGCGGCUUCCCUGAAGAGUGCAGGAGUCCAGGUGUACUGUACCCGGCGGCAGAGGGGAGAGGAGGGGACCGGUACCAGUCAGUUUGUGUUGGAGGAGGAAGAAACCUGGAGGAACCUGCCAGAGGAUGUGGAUGGAGUUGUCUGGACUUUACCAGCAAGACCCUUGUCUCAGGUGCAACGAUUCUAUGACGUCUACCUCCAAGCCAUGCUGGACUCUGGGAAACCAGUUAUUGUGUACGGCACCACCGGCCGUUACCAUGUGGAGGAAGAACACCAGUGGGUGGAUGAGAAGACCAGGUACAAGCAGACAGAAAGUGGCAGAGAGGAGGGGGAGGAUUUCUUACAGGAGAAGGGGGCCACUGUUCUGGUGCUGGCUGGUAUCUGGGGUGAAAGUAAGAAUGGACAGACAAGAGGGCCUAAGGCGUGGAUUCAAAAGGGGUACAUCCAAGCUGUUGAUAAGUUCCUGAACCUAUCCCAUGUUGAUGAUAUUGUCAAGGCAACAGAAGUGGUUAUGGAACGUCCCGAGUUGAAAGGUCAAGCUAUCAACGUCUGUGACGGAAACCCCAUGCUGUGGAGGGAUAUUAUACUGGGGUUAGGUUACGCGCUUCCCCCAAUGACAAUGACAAUGACUGCCAUUUCAUCACGACCUUCCAAGCGAGUCAGCAACAAUCUGCUGCAAAGCAUCAUGGGAAAGGAUUACAAGUUCCAGCAGGUGAUGGAUGUUGACCUUGCUCUUGACAAACAACGCUAGAGAAGAAAAACAUACGAUACCUGGUCUUUUAAGGAAAAAUGGUUACUUAAACACUUUUCUAGUCUCUGACAAGCACCAAUGGGUUGCCAGAGUAGUAAAACUUCAAAUUGGACUAAGGAAUAUGCCAGAGGAGUUAGCAAGUUUUUCAGUAGUAACAGAAACUAAGGAUGAUUUUAUUUGACCAAGAUCUGAAAGCUGAUACCGAUACCUUUGCAUGAAGUGCAAUUCUAAAAAUCUUAUUUGAAGAGGGCAUUUUGAUCUGUUGGGCUUAGGUUUAAUGAGUUAAAGCUACCGGUAUUGAUUUUCUCAACUUGUCAAAGCACUAUGCCGUUAGUAACAGGUUUAUUGCAUCUGAUAAUGACUGAUAUGCA